AUGAGUCAAUCACCACAUUUGAAUGGUCUUCUUUUUUAAUUACCUACUUCAUACAUAUUUGUAUUUAUGUGAUUUUCUAAAUAUCAAAACAUUUAUUGGAACCAAAUCCAUUAAAAUUUAAUGUAAUUUAAUUACCGAUGUGGUCAGUGAGAUAUAGGUCUAUUCUGUUGUCAAAUAAUAAUGCACGGUUCGAAAUCGACACACGAAUACUAGAAACUGUUAAUGCUAAUUUAGUGUAGCAAAAUUAAACAUUAUAUCUUGUUUUAUCGCUUUAAAAUGACUCUUGCGGAGUUUUUCAGCUGUUCUUUACUAGCCUUUGGACCACCGCUGGCAAUGUUUGCGCUUACAAUAGCAAAGGACCCGGUAAAAAUAAUAAUUAUGAUAGCAGCUGCGUUCUUCUGGUUAUUAUCGUUUAUACUAUCUUCAUUGGUUUGGUAUGCCGUGGUACCUCUACGACCUUAUUUAGCGUUUGGAAUGGUGUUUGCUGUACUUUUUCAGGAAGGAUUUAGGUAUGGUAUUUAUUUAUUGUUAAGAAAGACUGAAGCAGUGCUUAAAGAGAUAUCUGAUAAUCAUGAAAUUGGUGGCCACAAGUUGGAGAUGGCUUAUGUAUCUGGGCUUGGCUUUGGAUCCAUGAGUGGGGCAUUUGCUCUCCUAAAUGUUUUAGCAGAUUCAACUGGUCCAGGCACACUUGGUCUUCAAGGUGGAACAGAAUUUUUUUUCGUGUCUAGUGCAGCUAUGACACUCUGUAUGAUAUUACUCAAUACAUUUUGGAGUGUUAUAUUCUUCAACGGAUUAGACGAAAAGAACUUCAAAAAGAUAGCAUGGGUGAUUGGCACACACUUCUUAGUGUCAAGCCUUAGUUUGUUAAAUAGAAAAGAGUUAUACAUGUUAACUAUAUUUCCAUCUUAUAUUAUAUUACUGAUUACUGCUGUUAUAGCUUUUAAAUGUGCUGGUGGAUAUAUAGGAGCUCUACUACAUACAUUUGUAGCAAAAGUGUAAGCUUUAGGCACAUCAUGUAUAACUAAUAAAUUAUUAUAUAAUUUUAAUGUAAUAAGUUUAAAUUGACUUUAUUUAUCGUGCAUUACAUGAAUAAUCCAUUGACUGACAUCUGAUCGUAUGCCUUUGAUACCCUUGACUUAUAUAUUAUCCUUUCUCAUCAGAUAUAUUGCUAUUUUAAUAUAGUCAGAUUGAAACAUGAUAAAUGAAUAGCAAUAAAUAAUUUUAUUUGUAUCAUAAAGAAAAAAUCUGAAUUAAGUAUGACUAAAAAUUGUUUUAUAUCAGCAAAUUUACGAAAUUGAUAUUAAAAGGAAAAAUAAUUAUCAUUGAUCUGUGGCACAUUAUUAAUGAUUCAACUGGUGGGGGAUAAACACAUUUGAUCCCUAUGCUCUCUUUGGUUGUAGCAUAAAAUAUGUAUCUAAAUCAUUUAGUGAAAACAAAAGACCAUGUAAAUUAAUGAGCUCAAAUCACUAAAAAAAAAUAUAUAAUUUUAUUCUGUUGUUUGUGAUAAUUUCUUAUUUAAUUAUUCUACUUGUACACAAGUUACAGGACGAAGUCGUGAAAAUGUAUAGAAUUUAUUAUGAGAUUAAUGACCUUUUUAUUUAUUAUGGAUUAUCACAACAUACAUAAUAUGUAUUGUAGCAGCUGAUAGGGUUAAUUAUUAGUUUUAGGUAAGCUGAAUAAUAUAUACUUAAUUAAAAAUUAUUUUCUAA